CACCCAUUCUCUAGUAGAUAAUUCAUUUGCUGCUUAGUCAAUUUAGUCAUGAUUUUGUUGUUUAUUGUGUGAAAACCAUGGAUAACCUUGGAAGUCAGGAAGUUAACCGAACAGAACGUCGCGAAACUCGUGUCCAGGAUUUACAUUUGGACAGAGUAGUGGCGACACAGCCCGAAAUCGGACCAACUCCUCCCGAUGGAGGCUACGGGUGGUUGAUCGUAGUGUCUGCAUCGAUAUACAACAGUACAAUCCCGAGUUUACUUACUCUUUACGGUUUGGUGAUCCUCAGAGCUAACAGGGAUGAGGAUCACGAUGAAGAGGAAUCGCGGAAGAUAUGGGAUAUGGAUAUAGCUUUAGUGCCGAUUAUUAUGGUGGUUAUAAGGCUCCUCCUGGAGUCGUGGUGCAGAGCGGUGGUGAAAAUCUUCAACAUGCCAAGGUUCAUGGGUCUGGCAGGGCUGUGCCUUACUGUCGCCGGGGUUCUGUUAUCUAGUUACUCAACAGAUACUUAUAGCAAUGACCACAUAGUGAAUAUAUUCUCAGGGAUAUUCGCAGGUACGGGAUGGGCUUUAACAGGACAACAGACAGAAGUUAUAAUAACUCAUUACUUCCGAGAAAAUCUCACGAUAGCUCAGAGAUUAGUUCGCAUGGCUCCAUCCAUAGGCAACUUCUUGGCUCCCCUCGUGAUCGGCUACCUUUGCACUGUGUAUAGUGGCGACAUCAUUGUAAUGAUAUAUGCGGCAAUUCUGAUGCAGAACUGUCUCUUCCUUGCUUCCUACACCAGGCCAGUCUACAUAGAGAAAGUCAUAAGAACAACCUACAACAUGCUCCGCGACGCAGCUGAAGAUGAAGACGAAGUCAUAUACUCCAAUCAAAACCAACCCAAUCCAGCACCUGCUGCACAAAACCCUCCACAGAGCGCAGCCCAGGAUGACGACAAUGAUGUCGUCGUUUUCAAAUCACGGAAUAAUGCUAGAGAAAUUCUAGACCCAGCUGUACAGUUUAGAGAAAGUAGCGUUGCUACAGUAAACGAUCAACAACAUCGGUUCUCUUCAGACUUCAGCUCGAUGUUUGCCGAAACUUCUUCUAACAGAUUCUCAUCCAACUUUGGGUCUAUGGAUAUCAUGAACUAUGCCGGAAGUGCCGGAACUCACAGAUAUCAGGAACUGGAAGACAUAGACAGGGAUAAUCAGAAUCCUCAACCUCUGUACAGGGAAACUACAGUAAAUGCACCUCAAAGCAACGUAGUAUUUGCCACUGAACCGACGGCCGGGACAAUCAGACGAACAGCAUCAUUGAAGAAGAAUUUGAUCACAAUAGCCAACAUGCUGAUGGACGUCAACUUUUAUUUGUACGCGCUGCUGCACCUUUGCACGACGUUUUCAAUCGUGGUCUUGGGAGUUUUCUUACCAGCGUUUGUUUGGGUGCAGGUCCCUCAGAAUAUUUGGUGGGUUGCAACGACGAUCGCGAUGGGACACGGCGCCGCUCUCUGCUUCAUAAUGCUUUGUCUCGCCAUGCCCAAGGACAUCAAUGAAAAAACUCGCCUCUGCGCCUUCUUCUGUGUGGUUGGCGCACUCGGAUUCUAUGGAAUCACCUUAUCAGGGAACAGGAGCUUGCUGAUCCUCUGGUGCAUGUUCGCCAGCAUUUCCACCGCUUCCUCCAGCAUCCUCCUACAGCCGCUAUACAACAGCACCCUCAACGAGUUCGAUACAACAGCCACCAUCACCGCAACUAACCUGAUUGUAGCUACCUUCAUCCUCACCUGGUCUUUGGUCAGGAACUACGAAUACAGAACCUGCUUUUUAACAGCUGCUAUUCUGCAGGCGGUCACCGCUGCGAUGUUCUUGGCGUUUUCUUUUAGAAGACGCAGAUAGUGCAAGAUAGUGCUUAUGAUCAGUUUUGUAUCGUAUUAUAGGCGUAGUUUCUGCUAAGGGGGUUUGACGAGGAAUUUGACGUGUGCUCCAAUAUUGUACGUACUUAUUGCGAUGCUACAUUGUUUCAUUAGAUUUAUACGCGUCAGAAAGCACGUUACGUCUAAAGCCUGGUCCGUGAGCACGUAGAAUUUUGUCCAAUGACCCCAAGCUACCCAUCCUUAUCGCUCGCGCGUAAUUAUGUUGCUGUCGCGCUCGCACACUCACUGUGGGCGCCCGUCGCACAGUCGCGACAAAAUUCUACGUGCUCAUGGACCAGGCUUUAGUGCAUCCCCGUCGAGUUAACUGCGCAUCUCGCUCUCGCGACUCUCCAUCGCACUCACCCGCACACCUCCCCGCGUUCGCCUCGUCCAUACCAGAGCGUCGAUGUGACGUCACGGCUGCCAAAUGCGCAGUUAGCUUGACCGGGCUGUACAGUAUAUUGAAACCUGUGGUAUACCAAUCUAUUGUAGAUCCGUCGCACAUGGUGGUAUAUGUUUAUAAAUUAUAUGGCCAUAAUAAAAACCCACCUCCUAGCUAUCUGUAUAAGUGAGUAUGUAAAUUACAUUAACUACCAGUGGCUCAGUCGAGACUCAAGAUUUUAGACUGAAAUAGAAGCGCUUUAAAAAGUUAAUCAUGACGAAGAAUAGUUAAUUUUUAUACAACUUACUUUAGAAAUAAGAAAAAUAAUGUUACCAUAAAGAAAAAUAUGUUUUCCAUUAAUCUAUUUAUUAAGAGAUCAGUUUUCCUAAUAUAAUAAUGGAGUUGAUAGAUAAAACGAUUUUAUGCGACUAUUCAUUAAAUUAGUUACACUAGGAUAAUUAUGGACAAACAUACAUGUCGAUCAAGAUUAUACAAAUAAUAAUAAAUAUCUGACUGCACUAUCUUUGCCGCAUUAAAAAAAAUACUUUAUAUUCUGUACCUACUUUUGGACUAAAAUAGCAGAAUUGGGCUAAUAAGAUCCAAUAUUUUUAUCAAUAGUGAUGUUGCUCUUAAUUAAAACAACCCAAAGAAUAUCGACAAAGUUAUUGCAGUCAGGUUUUACACUUUUCAUAGAUUAAAACGUGUAAACAAAUCUGCUGAAACAUCUAAAAACAAUAAAAAUUAUAGCACCACCAAUUAAAAAACGUAAUUUUCAACAAAUUGCGUGAAGUUUGUGUAUUAAAUAUAACAGCAGAUUCAAACAAAAUAAUUGUAAUUCAUUAUUUAAUAAAAGCUAUUCUAUUUUUAUGUAAAUUCGAAUAAAUAAAAUAUUUAUACAAAAAUGGUCAAAUGCUUA